AUCAGAUACCACCUGCGUGGACGCUCAUUUAUUAAUGAGUCAACAAGGGUGAUCACAAGGGAGAGCAGCCGUUUUCCCUGCCCUCGUUAUUCUCACUAACAGGCCGGAAAGUAAACAAGAUGGACGGGUCCAGCAAAGAGGAAGAGGAGGACAGCACAUUCACCAACAUUUCUCUCACAGAUGACACAGACCAUUCAUCAAGGAUUUUGUACCCAAGGCCCAAAAACUUAUUACCCAAGAUGAUGAAUGCCGACAUGGAUGCAGUGGAUGCUGAAAAUCAGGUGGAACUGGAGGAGAAAACACGACUUAUUAAUCAAGUGUUGGAACUUCAACACACACUUGAAGACCUCUCUGCAAGAGUAGAUGCAGUUAAGGAAGAAAAUCUGAAGCUAAAGUCAGAAAACCAAGUUCUUGGACAAUAUAUAGAAAACCUCAUGUCAGCUUCUAGUGUUUUUCAAACAACUGACACAAAAAGCAAAAGAAAGUAGGGGAUUGACAUCCCUUCUGUUUUAUUGAAUUGCUGCUGAUCUUUUUUUCUUUAAAACCUGGAUAGAUUUUAAAACUUAUAGUACUUUUGUUUGUGGCUUAAUUGAAUAUUUAUGAAGAUAAUGUCAGACCUAGGCAAAAUUAAGAGCAUAACGGAAGACUUCAUGAGUUUGCAUAUAACAGUUAGUCUAUGAAAACGUGCAAAUGUAUUGUAGAGACUUUAUAAUUAGAA